AUGUUAGUGCAUGGCAAAUUACCUUUUCUUAAUCCCUUUUAUGUUCAAAGAGAAUAUGACCAAGCUUUAGAUAAACUGAUUAAAGAAAAAAACACGAUAGUCUUGAUUGGCGCUUCAGGUACAGGUAAAACGCAAUUGGUUAGGCAAUGGGUGAACCUUAUUUUAAAAUCAUCUCACGUUAAUGACUAUGAGGCUUUAAUCUGGGUAACAGCUGACCAACCAGAUACGCUCUUGAGUAAUUGUAAACAGAUCGGAGGAUCGUUAGGAAUUGAAGGAUUUGAGCAAUUAUCAGUCGAUGAACUUGCUGAAACGAUUAAAAGAAAAUUAGAAGUACAACGUUAUUUAGUAGUUAUUGAUGAUGCUUCUAGCGAAGAUGUAAGAUGCAUUAUUGAAAAAUUCUUGCCAGAUUAUAAUACCGAUAUAAUCAUUACCAGUCACUAUGAAGAUUGGGACUAUUAUAAAUUAUACGUAAAACAAAGUACCGAGCAGGAAGCUUUAUCUAUUGCAAAACAUAUUAUCGAGGAAAAAAAGUCUAAAUUUGUUGAAGAAACGCAAUUGAGAGAUUUGGUCACGCACUUUGAAAGUAAUCUCUUAUGGGUGACGCAGGCGGCCAAUUAUAUCUCGGAAAAUUUGGGCGGCGAUGUGAUCACCUACUUAAAAAAUGGCGAAAAGUCGGGCCAGCCUUUAAAAGAUUACCGAAAAAAUUCACAGCAAGCUUUAACGUCAACCCUUAAAUGUUUUCAACUUGUCGCUAAUCAAUUGCUAUCAAAAGAGUUGCAGGAACCAAAUCUGGCAUUAUCAAUUUUACAAAUUUGUAGUUUAUUGCCUAGCCGAGACAUUCCGGUAACAUUAUUGGUUCAAUACUUUCAUAACUAUUCAAAAAUCUUAGAACAAAGGUUGGAACAAAUGAUAAACCUUUUAUGUAAGAAAACAAUGUUGAUCGAACGUGAAGGUAGUUAUUUAAGCAUGCAUCGUUCCUAUCAAACAAUGUUAAAUCAGAAUAUAUUGGUUGAAGCGAAUCUCAUCACCUCAGAUCAAUUAUCGGAAAUCCAAGCUUGUUUUCUCAAAUUUCUGGUAGAAAAGGUGAAAUGGCGUCGUAGUGAGGCUAUCAACCCCAUUAAAAAAUUUCAAUGGGAAGGGCAAAUUGAUAUUUUACCACAUGUUAAAUCGGUAGUUACAUACUUUGAAGAAGAAGCUGGUUACGCAAAUUUAUUGAUCGAGUUAUAUUAUGCCAUGGGUAGUUAUUAUGAAGCACAGGAUUUCUUGCACGAAGCGAAAGAUUGUUAUGUCAAAUCUCGUGAUUUAUGCAAAAAAUCAUUGUCGAAAAAUAUAUUAUCGAAACUUGCUAAUUUGUCAAUAGCAUCGUCAAUCGAAAUCACCAAACAAGAAAUAAAAGAGGCAUUGAAGCGAUGUGAUUUGGAGCAAAUUAAGAUUUAUAGCAUAGAAAUAUUAUAUAAACUGGCUUCAAUCAAUGUCAGAUUAUGGAAUAGCUUGUCUGAACCGAAAAAAAAAUUAACGGUUCAAUAUCUUGAACAAUCAUUCCAUAUGCAUCCAUUACUGAUCAAGCCAGAGGAUGUUAAGGCUUAUCAGGAUAGAUAUUACACACAUCGUAAUUUAGCGACCGCAUACAAGAACCAAGGUAAAUCACAAGAAGCCGAAAGCAUCAUUUCCAGCCUAAUAAAAUCGGAAUAUGUUAAAAGCAACGCCGAAAUACGCUCUCUUGCUUAUCUCGAUGUUGCAAGAGGAGAAAUAAAAUCGAGCCCUCAAAAAGCAAUUGAUAAUCUAAUGGAAAGUUUAAGCUCAAUCCAGUCAAUCUCGGAGGCUGAUUAUUCCUACGGUAACCGUGCAAAAGAUAUGACAAUUGUUUAUAUCGAAUUAGGUUGCGCUUAUCUGGAAAAAGCUCGUGCCGAAUUAAAUGAAACCAAGAAAAAUGAUGCAUUAAAGAAAGCAGAUACGCAACUACGUUACGCUUUGAAGUUCAAUCGCGACUAUUAUAAACGAGAGGAUAAUAGAACCGCUGGCAGAAUUUUUUAUCAUUUGGCCGAAGUUAACGAGACAUUGCAGUAUUAUUUCUUGUCACAUGAUUUCGUAACCCAAGCGAUCCUGAUCCAACAAAAUUUUUAUCGAGAUCCUAAACAUUUUUAUAUCAAAUGUUCAACUCACUUAUUAGAAGUAAUUGAAGAUCAAAUAAAACAUUUGAAAGAUCCACUUGAAGAAAUUGAGAUAAAGUCACUUCAAAUCCUUCAACAAGAACUUGAUCAAAAAAAAGAACAAUUUAACUUGACAAAUAGUCCUCAAUUACUCAAAGAAUACACUGAUAUUCUUCUGUCUACAAAUGACCCAGAUAUUAGAGAUCUUGUCAUCAAAAACUAUCAAGAAUAUCUAACGGCUCCUAAUCUCGAUAAAAGUCGUCGUGCUUCUGUAUAUAGGCGAUUAGGAUACGCUUUUUACCAACAAACUGUUGUAUUCGAGGGCAGUCUCAUGGAGGAACGAAAAAUAAAUGCGAAAGCUGCUUAUAAAGAAGCACAGAAAUAUUAUAAAGAUUUAUUGACAGAACCAGAGUUCAUUGGAAAUGACGUUAUUAAAUUCAAUUAUAAUAACUGUUUUUGGUCCUUGAAUAGAUUAGAGAAAUUAAAACUUGCCGAUGUUCAUUUAACUAAAAAUAAUCAUGAAUUGUUUGAAAUCGAGCUGACCAAUGCAUUGUUGGCAAGAUUUAUCCAUUAUCAAAAGAAACUAGAUCCAAACAAUACAACCUAUGAUAAUACUAAAAUAGCUACAGAAAUUUUCAAAUCAGCAACACAUGCCCUAAUCCCUAACGUGAGUGUAGAUAGUAAUGGCAUAUCAGCGUCUAUAGAACCUAAAGAGCUAUUUAAAGGAAUAGCAGAUCUGAUUCAAGCAGUGAACACGAGAAAGAUGCAAGAUAAGGUGGAACAAAUCAUACAAACUUUCGAAAACAAGCAUGAGACGAUGAAAGUUCUUUUUAAAGGCAUUGCAAAGAAAGUAAACAACAUCUAUUUUGAGCAGAUACAGCAGAUUGAACCUGAAUCUAUUAAUACCUUUGCUCAAUUUAUCUCAAAGCAAUUAUUUGCUUAUUUGGGUUCAAAGAAAAUGCAAUUUACAUCAGAUCCCACCGAAACACUAAUUACUGGAUUAUAUUUCACUGAAUAUAAAAAGAACUGUUUGUUAACUACCAGUAUUGGAGUUCGAUGGAAUGCUAGAGAAUUACUCCGUUAUACGGGUAUCAUUAAUCACGAUAAGCGCAUUUACAUUUAUACCAAAGCGCCAGAACUCAAUCUUAAAUAUGGUUUUCGAUAUGAUAAAUUACCAGCUAUGCACCGUCAUUAUGAAUACCAACAAAAGCUUGUAAUUAAAUUAAGCAAGGCUAAAAUCGAAAAUGAUACUAAUCAAAUUGUGAAUUUGCUUAAGAAAAUUGGUCAACAGCUUUGGCAGAAAAUUUAUGAAGAAAAUGAUAUUACCAUACAAAUGGCAGAUCAAUGUUUAACGAUUUACAAGAUUUACAUGGCUAUUAACAAAAUUGCUAAAAAAAAUUUAAUAACGACACAAGAGAUACUAGCAUUGAAAGAUUUUUUAUUUAAAAGGGUAUUACAAUUCAAUAAUGAGCCAAUAAAUUUCUUUCCUCGCAUUAAUGAAUUUUAUAAAUUUCUUAGAAACAUUCAAUGUGAGCAAGCUAAAGAAGUUAUCCACCAAAUUCGAGAAACAAAAACUAAUUCCGAAAAGGUUGUCAUUAUUAAAGAAUGUUAUCAAAAUCUAAAUCUGUCACUGCGUAAGCUACUUUAUGAUAUCAUUGAGCUCGCUCUUGAAGCUUUUCAUGAUGACGAGAUUAGUCAUCAAUCCUUCGCGGUUGUGCUAUUUGGUUCGUGGGCAAAGGAUACGGCAACACCCUACUCAGAUAUAGAAUUUUGUAUUUUAGUCAAUGACCGUAAUCCAAAAUUAAAAGAGACGUUACGCAAAAUGGUAUAUUUGAUGAACUUCAUUGUAAUCAGCCUAGAACAAACCGCUCUUCCAGCGAAUUUAUUUCAAGUUUCUAAUAUAACAAACGGCAUCUACUUUGAUGAUCUACUGAAGCCCGGAUUUCAAUUUGACUUGGGAGGUAAAACUCCGCUUGGGCGUUUAGAUAAAGCUUAUGAUUUAUUACAAACCCCCCAAGAUAUGGCAAAUUACAUUAACUUUGGCAUGCUCCAACAAGAUCCUAUGCUAGUUGCUGAAUUAAUUGAUUGUCAAUUUUUGUUAGGUAAUGUAAAGCUAUAUGAAGAUUAUAAACUAAUGAUUAAACAACAAUUUCUUAAGGAGGAAAAUCAACAACCAUUUCAUAAAAGAAUGGCCAAGUUACUUUUAAAAGAUGGUACAAUGAGCUUUAAACAAGCUGAUUUAGAAAAAUAUCAAAUCAACGUAGAUAAAAUCAGUCACGAGGGAAGGUUAUUAAACAUCAAAGCUGAAAUUUAUCGUUUGCCAGACAGAUUGAUUGAGGGACUACGAUUAAUUUUUGCAACACCAGGUGAAACAUUAUGGGAUAAAAUUUCAGGAUUGUUGAAUUGUAAUAUUAUCAAUCAGGCAGGAUCGGUUAACCUUGAAUUCAUGACAGCUGUUGCAUUACAGUCGCGAUUGUUUACCUAUGCCGCACAUGGCAGUCAAAGCGAAAGACUAGGCAUUUGGGAUGUAACUGUCGCACAUAACAGCUCAGAUGUUGAGAGUUUUUUGGGCAUCGAAGAUGUUUCUAAUCUGGUUAGGUUCUAUCAAGUUGCAAUUCCUCUUUACCAGUUUGUGAAAACGAGUGUGAAUCGAGAAAACUUUGAUCAAAUUAAUGCAGAGCAAAACUUUUUGGAUGAGAGGCUGAUAACAAAAGCUACCAUUUGUUUUAGGUUUAUGCUUUAUCGGCAGGCCGAAAUGUUAUUGCUUGAAUCACAACAAACUGAAUCGAGAGAUGCACAUUUUCAAUUGUAUCGCUUGUAUUCCCACAUGGGAAAGCCUCAAUUAGCUUACGAAUUCUAUGAAAAAUACCUAGUAAAUAAAUCAAAAGAUAUUAGUGAUCGUUUUAGAUUGGGUUACCUAAAAUUAGUGCUGGGAAACCACAAAGAAGCGCUAGAUGAAUAUAAUAUUAUACUCGAUGAACUUGUGAUGAAUCAUCAAGAAUUAUCCAUGGAUCCUAUACAGUCUCAUUGCUAUAUUGCCCAAAUAGAAGGUUUACUGGGUAACACCACAGCCGAAUUUCAUCAUCUUGAACAAGCUAGUGAGAUCGUCGAGAAAAUCCCUGACAAACAAAAAGAUGAUGUGAUGAUCGAAUUUUAUAUUGGCUACGCUAAAUAUCAUGCGGGUCAAAAUCAAUUUGAUCGUAGCAAACAUUUUAUUCAACUGGCCUUAGAUUAUACGGAUAAGCUUUAUGGUAAACACGCACAUACUAAAUUGAUUGAUAUUUAUCAACAAGCGGCUGAUAUUUCCCAGCAGUACAAUCAAUGGGAGCAAGCAGUAGAUUAUAGACAAUCAACAAUUGAUACGAUCUCUAUACUUUACGUUGGAAGAGUUGUAAGCCGAUUACUUGAUGCUUACGUUGACUUCACAAAUACUUUAUGUCUCAUGGGAAAACUUGAUCAAGCUGAAGAACAACUAGACUUGGUUAAAUGCCUGCUUCCUAGCGUUGAACAUGAGCUUACGAACAAAAUGCUCACCUUUAAAAUUUUACACGGGUAUAUGAAAAUUUAUCAAGCAAAGAAGAGUUACCAGUGGGCAUAUGAACACUAUGAAAAGGCUACUGUAUAUCGAACUACGCUUGAAGGAAACCAAUAUUAUAGAUUGCAACUCGCUAAAUUUUAUCUGGAUGCUUUCGACACCUGGAUUAAUUAUGAUAAGUUUGAUGAGUGUCAGCAUAGGUUAACUGAUGCUAUUAGCAUUAUUUCUGAACAAUGCGGUAGAAAUCAUAGUGAUCUUGCGAAAGCAUAUUGUCAAUUGGCUAUCCUUGAUUUGAUACAAGGAAAAUAUGAGCUCGCAGAGAAAUAUCUCUUGCAAGCUUAUGAAAUUUAUGAAAAACUGCCCAAGAUUUAUCCAAAUUAUUUCAUUACAUUGACGAAUUUAAUAAAAGUUUAUCAGCGUUUCAAGGAUGGAGAGAAAGCAUUAUUAUAUGCUGAAAAGCUUUAUCAGAAUGCGGAAAAGGUGCGGCCAAAUUUAAUGCUAGAAUCUAUCACGUGCUUCCUUGAAAUCGCAUUAGAACAAAAAUGUUAUCAAAGGGUUUUACCAUAUGCCGGAAAUAUAUCAGCAAAUAUAGAUAAAUCAAAUCAUUCAUAUCCAGAAAGCGAACUUGAGAAUUUAGAUUAUGCAACCCUAGAAGGUGUUUUAACAAUCAAAAAGAUAAAACUAAGACUACAAGUAGUUCAAAUCAUGUCAUAUCUUGAUCAAACCACGUCAAGAAUGUUAAAACAAAACAUAAUUAAAUAUAAGUAUGAAAGUAUUAAAUUAUUAACAAGUGUUAUGAAUCAUCGUCCUGAUGUAAUUAAGCUUAUUAUCAGCCAUUCUGAAUCCAUAGAUGAAGGAAAACGCUUGUUGGAUGAAGCUUGCACACAAUUAAUUCCUCGAGAUGCAUUAGAAGUUGCAUUAUUAAAAGUGGAAAUUACAACCAACGGAUUUAAUGCAAGAGAAUACUUAAAGAAUGCACUUGUAAAGCACUCUAUCAAUUGUGCUGACGAAGCACAAUUUGAUCAGCUGUUAGAACUUACAGGACAAUGUACUUUGACUAUCGAUAUGGCGGCUGUUCAUAUUGCCAUUACAGGGCAGAGUAUCGAAAAUUAUUGUAUCACUUUACAAUCUGUUAGAAAAGCCGUUUGUACCGGCCAUCCAAACAUCAAAAAUUAUACCUGUAUUAACUCUUAUUCUAUCUAUCUAUCAAAUAAGUUUUUAUCAAAGAAAGUGUUUGAAGAGCUUACUAAAGAAGCAGGUUACACAGCAUUGAUAAAUAAUAGCAUACACCAUCUGAUGCAUAAGAUAGGAGACAAGGCCCCGAAAGCUUUAUUUAAUUCUUUUUUAAUUAAGCUAGGUUUUACCGAAAAACACGCGAGUGAUAUUCUCAUUAUUCUCAUAAACCUAAAGUUAUUAAGAAGUGAAAACGAAUUCAUUUAUAUUCAUAGCCUCAUUAAAGUUUCAUUGAACGUUGAGCUUUGUAAUAUUUAUUUUCCAAUAGAGUUACAGGCUAUCGUCGAAGUAUGUUGCCAAUACCUAGAAAAUUGUAGCCGAGUCGAAAUAGAAUGGACAGUAGUGUUUGACAUUUAUCGAAAUGCCUUACUUGAACUUCAUCAAAUGCUUACUAGUGGCGUAUACACCGAUAUAAGCAUAAGUAAUUGUGUCGUAAUGAACAUUCUAAUUAUGAGCGAUAUUUGUGAGGAUUUAGGUAGAUAUGAUCAAAAAAUUUAUUUGGAGCAAUUGGAAGUGCAUGAUAAAAAUACCGAUGGAUAUGCUGAAAUUCUUACUCGUCUUGCUUUUGCUGAGCGUAAUGCCUCAAACUAUUCUCGACAACUAAGACUCCUUCAAGAGGCGCAUGUCAUUAAAUCCCGUCUAUUCAAAAGUGACGAUCCAUUAUUUGCAAAAAGCCUACUUAAUCUCGCCUGCGCAUUUGGAGAUAUUAAAAAUACUGAAAAACAAAGGGAACUCAGCGCAAAAGGUUUGGAAAUCAUAAAAAGAGAUUAUGAACUAAGAUAUAAUACUUUAACGCUUGAAGAGCGAGCUGAAAUUGAAGUGGAUAUAUUUAAAGCUAUGAAAAAUUUUGCUGCGGGUCACACUUGGGUCGACGAUGCUCGACGUAUGGAAUUGCUAGAGAAUAGUUUGGAUUUUUACAAUGAACAUGGCCUCAAUCGUCCAGUGAUUAAGGCAAGUAUAUUAUCGCAACUGAUCAACAUCUAUUGUAAAAAUGCACCCGAGAAGGCAUUAGAUGUGUAUCAACAGUUGGAAUCCUUACAAAAGAAACUCUAUCAUGAAGGGACACAAGAAUAUGCGCGACAUGCUGGAUUCGCUAUGAUAAAUUAUUCAAUAGCGCUUUCGAAUAACUCAAUUGAACCUAUUAUGGUCUUAUUAGAUUUGAAAAAUUUGCCUAUACCAAAGGAGGAAAUAAGGAAUGUUGAGGAAAAAUUACGUAUCGCCAACAAACAGAGUUUACAAGCACGUCAGAUUGCUGAAAAAGCAGCACACUUAUUCGCUACUUAUUUUCCUAACGAUGAUUAUUUAUUUACACAGGCAUCAAAUGCGUUAAGAAGCAUUAAACUCAUUGAGAAUAAUUUAAUUGUGAUUCUGAAGUUGGUUGAAGGCUCUAAAUAUCUUUACGAUGGAAACCUUGAGCAAAUCAAAUUUACAUUUAAAAAUGUAUUUGAAAUGGCUCUUAAUCAAGAAUUAAAAGGUGAAGCUUUAUCAACGAUGGCAACUAUUGACCUUAUUCAAGCGAAAGAGAAAGGGACUAUGACUAACCGAAUACUUGGGGAUUUUUUUAAGCAACAACACGAUGCUAUCAGUAUUCAUGAUUCAGCUUCCAUUCAGAUGAAUCUUUCUAUAGCUUACUUUUUUCAUAAUUUUCAUGAACAGGCAAUCAUUCAUGCUGAAAAUGCCAUACAAAGACUGUAUGAUAUACCGAACUUGCCAAUAGGCAUAAAUAACAAAGUGUUUAUGUCUUUUGACAGAAUGACAAAGCCUAUUCUACCUACCGUGCUUCAGAUGUUUCUAGGGGAGAGUGAUAUGAUAAAAGAUAUUCCCAUUAAAUUUUUAGCGAGAUACGUUAUCAUUAACAGCUCAUUUGUCUUAGGGCAUACCCAUAAUGAAGCUCAAAAGUUAAAAGAAUUUGCUCUGCUUUUUUCGUCUAAUGAAACAGCAAUCUCUCACCUUUUACUCGGUUUUUGCUACCAGAGGCAAGGAAAUUGGAUAUUAGCAUUGCAAGCUUUUAAUGACGCGUACCAAAAACAACCAAACUUAAAUUUAGCUCGAGUUAGCGUUAAAUUGGCUCAGCUUUGCAUAAAAUUUUCAGAAAUUAUAGAUGUUAUGGACAUGAAAAUUUUUAGAGAAAUUCGUGUAAUUAAUACCAUUUUAUCAGAUUCAAAUCUAACGCAACAGCUGACCACAUGUGCAAAUGUAGAUAAGAUAAAUGUUAACGAUGUUAAACAUUUCGUCAAAGCUAUUAAUCACUCGUAA